AUGCACCUCCAACAUUGCCAUCUCGUGAUCUGGAGCCGCUGCGCCCUGUGUUGGAUGCCUUUGGAAGGCGAGCACGUUUCCAUUAAUCUGACAACACCAGUACAUGAGAAAUACAAUGCCAUCGACGAAGUUGCCAUAACCAAUUUCAUUCCGGAUUGCUGUCCGAUGCAAAGUUGUAUCAGAUGUAGCGAGGCCAAUCGUUCAUACGCAUUCCACACAGCUUGCCACGAUGUCGUUUCGCGAUGUCUACCGGACUCUGCCAAAGUCAAUAAUUGUUGGUUCCUCCGAUGCACGCAAGCUUUGGUGCAAGCCUAUGAGGAGGCGGGCAGCGACCCUAGUCGCAAUCAGAUGCCCGACAGCUUAAUACAACCAAUCUCACAGCUGACGGCAGCCGCUCUUUGUGAGGACCUCUUCCUUCACCUUAACACGAUUGUCGGCGCGUACAAAAUUGAUGGAGAGCUUCAGAAUUUGCUUCUUCUCCUCCGAGAUUCGCCAUACAGUGUCCAGUACGAUGUUUUCUCCUCUGUGGUUCAAAGCCCAGGCACCCGUCUGAUGUUCAAGGAGAGGACUAUCAGACAGCUCCAAGCUUUCCAAACGUGGUCAGAACCAAUGCAUCGUCCAAUUCGUAGCGGCGGUGCGCUCUAUGCACGCUUCAUUGUCUACAAGAGAGCCUCUUAUCUUGCCGGUAUCUACGACGAGCCACUCGAAGGCACCGUUCGGAUCAAAGCACCAAAUGUCGACUGGGAUUAUGUUCUAUUGUACUCUGAUGACACUGGAAUUGCUCGCAUGUCUUUCGCCCUCGCACAUUCAUCAGGCAGACAUCAUAAACCAGGCCACUUUCAAGCAAUUCGUAGACCCUCACGCGCGCAUGACGUAUUAUGGAUCACUCUGAAGGGUCUUCUUGUCACUCGAGUGGACAUGUUCCGUAAGCCCAUUCACCAAAUACACUGGCCAAAUUCUACUACAUUCCCUUUGUCAAUCUUACCUGCGCCCUUGAGCUUUUAUGAUUUCACUGCAACGGUUGUGUCUCUGGAGGGUAUAACAGGAAUCUCCAUCGCUCAGGCCGAACAGCGAGUCAAAGCUAUUCAUGCUCACAAGGAUGCUCCCGGCGAAAAAUACAACUACCCUCAGAGAGAUGCUACUUGGGCGUAUUGCCCGCUCAACAAACUAGCCAACGAAAGGAUCCAGAGAAUAUGGAUUGUGAGCUUUGAGAAGGAUGGUUUUGGAUUCUUGGUUGAGACUACCAAAAAGACUGUAUGGCUAGGUGGUUACCUUGAACCAACGGAAACGAGAAAAUAUCAACCGAUUGCGGUACCAUCGUCCAGCGGCUUCUACCACAGCCUCGGGACCUGCUCACUGCUAUCAGCGAUCCCAUCGUUCAACCACCCCGUUAGUGGGCCGUUCCACACCACCAAAACCGUCCCGAAACCACUAGAUUAUCGGUGGUCCUUCAGCAGGGCCUCCUUGGAGAACGUUCAAGCACUAAGAAAGACUCCACGCGGCGCUGUAGAACUCUUCUACGACGACUUUUCGGUAUGUCUGGGUGAUUUCAGACCUGCCGAAGCUGGUCCUUGGUUGAAAGCCCCUCGUUGGUACAAGGUUGCUCCGUACGUUGCAACGCAUUGGAUUGACUUCUUCGACGAUUCCACCAAAGACGCUGAUUGCAAGCCUAUGAAAGGCCAUAUCAACUUCUGGCAUCUCCGAGAGCUUACUCAUAUCCAAUUUGACCCACCGACGACGGCUUGUCCCACUCCUCUCUUGUUGGAAACUUGA